AUGCUCCGAUGCUUUCCUUGCUGCGCGAGGAACCCCUCCCCUCCCGCGAUCUCACCUGCGAAGGGACGUGACUGCACAUGCGGCGGUCACUCGGCGUCCAGCAGGGGCCGGAGGGACCCAGGAGUCAAGCAGCUGCAGCAGCGAUUUCCCAGCGACAGCAAGUCCGGAGGCUCCAGGAGCGAUCGCGAGGGCGCGAAGCAGAGGGGCCAGAGCAUUCGGACCCAGGCCAAAGCCUGUGGUCACCUGCGAGUGGAUCCGAUCGAUGAUGACCCAUGGAAACCCACCUUUUCCCGCUGGGAGAGAACACCUGAUAGCAGCGAUUCGCUGGUCAUCGAGGAUGUGGCCGUGGUCUUCAGCCAAGAGGAAUGGCCUUUGCUGGACCUCGCUCAGAGAAAUCUCUACAAGGAUGUAAUGGGGGAAACCCUGAGAAACCUGGCAUCUGUGGUCUCCCAAAAUCAGCACGAUGGGAAGAAGCACACCCUGGACCACAUCCUGGUGCAGCUCACGCAGAGACACGUCUGGGCCCCCUCGGUGGUGGAGGAAAGCCUCGAAUUGCAGGAGAAGAAGGAUGAGCAGACAAGAGGCCAGGCUGGAUUUAAGAAAUGCCGUAAGAGACCGAAGAGCUCUGAGUGUCAGGAGUGUGGGAGAGCGUUCACCAACACCUUUUCUCUCACUCAGCAUGCUUGGAUCCACACGGGAGAAAAGCCUUACAUCUGUGAGCAGUGCGGGAAGGCCUUUAGCCGGUCCUUCUCCCUCACAACCCACGUGCGCACACACACGGGGGAGAAACCGUACAGGUGUGCUGAGUGUGGGAAGGCCUUUAGCCAGCCCUCGGCCCUCACCACCCACCGUCGGACACACACGGGGGAGAAGCCCUACACGUGCAAGGAAUGUGGCAAAGCCUUCAGGUGUUCCUCCUUCCUCACCAACCACGUCCGUAUCCACAGCGGAGAGACGCCCUACAGGUGUCCAGACUGCGGCAAGGUCUUCACCCAGGUUUCAAAUCUCAACACCCACCGGCGCAUCCACAGCGGGGAGAGACCAUUCGUGUGUCAGGAGUGUGGGAAGACCUUCCGCUGUUCCUCGCACCUGACUACCCACCGGAGGAUCCACAGCGGGGAGAGGCCUUACGUGUGCAAAGAAUGUGGGAAAAGCUUCAUUGACUGCUCCACCCUCACUCUGCAUAUGAGGACACACAGUGGAGAGAUGCCGUACACAUGUCAGGAGUGCGGGAAGGUGUUUAGCCGGGUCACCAAUCUCAACAUACACAAGAAGACGCACAGCGGAGAGCGGCCAUUCGCCUGCCAGCAGUGUGGGAAGGCCUUUGGCCGCUCUGCCCAUCUGACGGCCCACCAGAGAACCCACAGUGGAGAGAGACCCUACGCGUGCCAGCAGUGUGGGAAAACCUUCACGCAGUCCUUCUGCCUCACCGAACACAGAAGAACCCACAGCGGGGAGAGGCCCUACACGUGUCCGCAGUGUGGGAAAGCCUUCCGCUGUGCUUCGGACCUCACCAAGCACGCCAGGAUCCACAGCGGAGAACGGCCCUAUGCCUGCGAGGAGUGCGGGAAGGCGUUCACACAGGUAUCGAGCCUUGCUGCCCACAGGAGAGUUCACAGUGGGGAGAAGCCGUUCACGUGUCAGGAAUGUGGGAGGAGUUUCCCACAGCUCUCCAGUCUCAAUACGCACAAGAAGAUUCAUCGCAGAGAAUGA